CUGAGCCCUUAAAAGCCGGCGGCGCCGGGUAGCCAGGCACUGACGACUAUGGCGCAUCCUAACACCCCGCGGACGCUGGGCCUGGCCCUGCUGGCGUUCUGCCUCCUGGCGCUGCCCCACGACACCGGGGCCCGGCCAGGGGAGACCUUCGUCGGAGGACGGCAGGACCUGGAGCUCAACGAUCCGCAGGUGCAGAAGGCGGCGCAGGCGGCCGUGGCCAGCUACAACAUGGGCAGCAACAGCCUCUACUACUUCCGAGACACGCGCAUCCUCAAGGCGCAGAGCCAGCUGGUGGCUGGCAUUAAGUACUACCUGACCGUGGAGAUGGGGAGCACAGCCUGCCGGAAGAAUGCGGUGACAGGAGACCACAUGGACCUCACCACCUGCCCCCUGGCCGCAGGAGCGCAGGAGGAGACGCUGCGCUGCGACUUCGAGAUCCUGGUGGUGCCCUGGGAGAACUCCUCCAAACUUCUAAAGCACCACUGCGUGCCCGUGUAGUCGGCCCUGCAGUCGGCCCGCCCCUGUGGCCAUGGGUGUGGGAGGGAGCGGGGCCAUCGGUGGAGGGCACUUCCGGUCAGUGGGCCGCAUGUUGCAAUAAACUGCUAGCAUUGCUCCUUGCA